GUCAAAAAGUAAAAUGGACGCACGGUGCUCAUUACGCUCGUUAUUUCAAUGCAAUUAAAUUGUUUUUUUUAUUAUUUUCUUCGUUAACUCUGCAUAAUGAGUUUACAAUAAUGUGAUUGUUAAAGGUUUCCCAAGUCGAUUAAAUUUACAAAUUCUUCACGAAUUUUCCUUUAAAUAAUCAAGUUUCAUUAGUGUGUCAUGAUGUAAGCUCAUGUUUAGGAAGUGAAUUCACAAUUAUGAGUACGACCAUAAACGGCUACAUGGAUACAACAAACGCCCCAGUGCCCCCAGGUGGGCAGCAAAAUGGAGGAAACACUACUAAAAGUAGUGUGGAUAAAGGGAAAGAAUGGCAAAUGGAAUUAUUAAUGGAAAAAUUGCGUUCUAAGGCAACUAGCUUUAAAUCACUUGUUGAAACAGCAAAAAGCUUACGAAGUACUAUCUUGGAAAAAAGAUUUGUCGUAGAUAGUGUUGAAAAAUUGCAACUACAAAAAUGUCUAGACAGUUUACAACAUUCCAUAAAAGUAACUUCCUUUCAAUCCAUGGUAGAGCGUUUAGAAAGUCUCACAAGACAAUUAGGUUUAAAGUUUAUGAUGUCUGGACCACAGGGAAAUGAAUUAUUUAUAUCCUCGGACAUGUUUUUCCUAGAAGUUAUUCUCGAACCUUCAGGUGCUGUUAAAAAUGUAAAAAUUCAUCAUGAAGGAAAAAAUGAGCAGCAGAAUUGUGAAGAGCUCGUUGCAUGCUUAUCAAAAGGUGAUUUUGUCGAUUUUACAACGCAAUUAGAAGGACUUGUCUCAAUUUAUCAAUUAAAUGCCGAUAAAAAAGUGAAAUGUAAAGCGUUCAGCGCUCUUCAAUCACUUGAAGCUGACUUGGGAGUUCUUGCACAAUUGCAAACUUUCAUUAAAGAACCAUUUAAUCUUGUACACAAAAGUCCUGUUGGAAUUUUGGAGAGAAGAAAAGGUGGUCAUGCUAUGAAAUUAACAUAUUUCGUGUCGCCUUAUGAUUUAAUUGACCAAGAAAAUCGAAGUUCCGAAUUAUUGAGCAUAGACAGCGUAAUUUCCAAGAAGAUUGGUCAUUCUGUCACUGUUUGUUUGGAGGGUUCUACGGCUCAUAAAUUACCCACAUCAAGUAUCAUUACAGUCAGUAGAAGCUCAAGUGGAAAAAGUACACCAUCAUAUGCUAUUUUAACAAGUGCAAAUUCAGCGAUACUUCCAGCGUGUUUUGUUCUGAAAUUAGCUAAAAAAAUGCCAAUGUGUUUGGAAUUAUUACAUAAGAUUCAAAAAGUAACAGAACUUGAAUGUGGAGAUGUUUCGGCUUGUCAUCCUCUAUUGAGUAUGAUUGUACAACACACGAGUAAUGGUCAAUUGGACUGUCAAAAUAAUCGCGGCUUAUAUGUGUCGUUACCAGACCAACAUCAUUGCUAUUUUAUGACCGAGAACAAAGAUAUGGAAGGUGUAUUAGUUGGUAGUAUUCCAUUUACGCAUCCAGCUCAUGUACCACAAAUUCUUGUCUAUUUACGUCAACAGGCAUUGUUCAAUACUCUUAUUUCGAGUUGCGUGAGAUCUGUGGCACGUCAGGAUCCCGAACACACAACAAUUUUCGAAGUGAGCGCUCUUUCUUGGCAAUCGAUAUCCGUAAGUUUGGAGCAUCCUUUUGAAGAGACAAUGGCAACUGCUUUAUUAGAUUUAACAGAUAUAUCCGCUCUCAAAUGCAAACUCUAUGGAGUGAGUCUUGGAAACACCGAACAAACAUCCGAAGUGACAGGAAAAGUUUUACAACGAUGUCUCAGCAUUCCAUUGACAAUGAGAACUCUCAUUAAAAUUUGGGAAGGUCGAAGUUCGAUAGGUACCAAUAUAACAGGCGGUGGUAACGGAAAUUUUAAUAUGAAUCUCGGUGGUCCAGGUCGAGAUCAAAAUGGUCACAAUGGCCCCGGGAUACCAGAUUUCGGAAGUGAUGAUGUGCAAAUUAAACAGGAAUCGGGAACAACGAAUGGAUCGGGAACAAUUGGAAGACAACAAAUGUCACAACAACAACAAUCGCAACAAAAUCAACAACAACAACAGCAGCAGUCUUUUUUAGAUGCCGGAACGGAGAGUAGUAUCGGAUUUCCGUCUUUUUCCGGCCAGUCCGAUACAACAACUACUGCAAUGUUAAAUCCACUACAAUUGGGCGCGCUUCUAGGUCAAGCGAAAAUGUCAACUUCCUCGAAUUCUUCAAGUGAACGAUCAAAAAAGUCUCGUAAAAGAAAAACUGCCGAUGGUUCAUGGAGAAGUCCAAAAAGAAAAGCCGAAGAUACUGGUGAAAUAUUAGUUGAAAGUUCAAGUUCCGAUUCAACUCCACUUGGCACACCGACAAGCAGUCGAGACUAUACAAAUGAGGCUCGAACUCCAACUCCAACUUCGACUAUCAAUUUAUCAGGUGGAUUGGAAAUUUCCAAUAUCGAAUCAUCAGAUAUUAUCGGAACUGACAAAAGUUCUGAUUACGACGCAGAGAAUGAAAAUGAAGUAAUGGAAGUUCACGAGGUACAAAAUGUUGAAGAUCUUUUGAAAAAAGAGAGAAAAUCGAAAAAACGUGAAGAAAAAAAGAGUCCAACAAGCUCAUUUGAAGAGAGUAAAAAUUUAGUACCACCAUCAGUGAGUAUAACUCCAAUUACAAGCAGUGGAAUCGGUCAAUCAAAUUAUAGUUCCGUAUUGACGGGAAUGGGACUCGAGAGACGUCCAGGAAUUGAAAUUAUUCCAAUAACAUCAUCACCGCAAACAAAUUUACCGAGUUCAAUUACAAUCACGCCAAUAACAGGACCAACGACGAAAACAUCAAUUGACGAUAGGCGAGAACGUAAGAGUUCAAAAAACCGGUCAGGUACCGACGAUGGGAAAAGUAAGUUGGAAAAAAAGAAAAAGAGGAAACGCGAAGAAAGUCCCAUGGGACCACCAGAUAAAUAUCCACCAAAACAACCGCAGGAUCCUCUUUCAAAACCCGUGUCUGUUAGUAUUAAACCAACAGAAUCACCACCAGGAAGUCUCAGUUCUUCCCGACCAUCAUCUCCAGCUACUACAUUGAGAAAAUUUAGUCCAUCUCCCACACACACAAGCCCCCUAGCCCUCGUCGGUAAGUCCAGUCCCACAUUGAAACAAUCAUCAAGUAAACCAGUCCAAAGUCCAAAACAUUCACCAGUUUACAGUAGUCCUAAACACGUAUCAGUUAUGCCAGCGAGUGUCAGUCCAAAACAUGGCACAUCAUCUCCAAAGCAUGGAAGUUCAGGAAGCGCCGGAAAACCAAGUAUGUCAGCCUUAAAAUCCGCCGCCAGUUCACCAAGUGGCAAAAGUGAUAUUGGCACUCCCUCCAAAUGUAAAUCAUCCUCCUCAUCAUCAUCAUCCUCGUCAUCCUCCUCCUCUUCCUCAUCAUCCAGCAAAGAUUCGUCUCGCGACAAAGACCGAAAAGCCUCUCUAACAUUUGGCUCAUCAUCCGGUCAUCAAAGUCCAAAAUCAAAAUCAUCAUGCGGCAAACCAAAACAAUUGGAAUCACUCUCAGUUGAUUCCAAUCAACAAAUGCAAACAAGCAGCGGUUCCGCGUGUGGUAGCACAACACCGCCUUCAGAAUUAAGUAAAUCCGCCACUGCUCAACAACAAGCAAGAAAUCGAAAAGGAUCACUAAGUGCCGUAAUUGACAAACUCAAAAAUGCCCAACACUGCACUGACGAUGCCUCAAAUGGUAAUUCAAAAAUAUCCGUCACCUCAAGUGGAUCCUCCAGUGGAUCAAGUCAAAAAGAACGUGGACUCACAUCAAAUAAAGUCAACAUCGAAGGCAAAAGUGUCAAUAAAAAUAAUCCCUCAUUAGACUCAAAAAAUCCCGCCGAAUAUAUGGUUAAACACAGUUCCGAUGGUAUGAAAAUAACAAUUAACAAAACUCGCACUAAAGACUCAAAAACAACAUCAUCAUCGUCAUCAUCAUCUAGCUCCGGCAGUGGUUCACCAAAAACUCACACUGGUUUAAAACCCGGUGUAACAUCCGGUCCAGCUUCAAAAAAACCAACGCAAACAUCACCAAAAGUUCAUAUCUCAUCACCAUUAACUUGUACAAAUAAAAUGCUACCAAGUCAAAAAUUUCCCGGAAUGAUGAAAUCAAGUUCAACAUCAAAUUUAUCAUCAGCGACAAAAAAUACGCCACUGAAGUCUUCCUCAUCGUCUUCCAAUACUGGCUCACCGAAAACAUCGAGCUCAGGCGCAACGGAUCUAAGUCGAUCGCGUGAUAAAUCAAGAUUUCCAAAAUCCAAUGAAAAAAGUAUAUUUAGCUCAAAAAGCAGUGAUAUACGUAAAGCAAGUCCAUCAUCACUUCGCGAGGAAUGUGAUUCCGAGAGAGCGUUCAAAUUACUCGCACAUGCAUCAAUGUCAAGUCUUCAAAAUCUCCCUGGUAUACCGCCACAAUUACUUGGCGUCGAGGGUUUAAUGAAACAGCUCGAUACAAAUUUUCAAAUUCCAAAAUUAUCAGCGCGUCUCAAUUCCGAAUCGGUGCGCUCAUCAACAGCCACUGAGAAAGAACAAAAAACCGGAAUCGAUAACAAAGCUUCUUCCGAUCAGAUGACUAGGUCAUCACAAUUAGGUUCUAAUCCUCUAUCAAUGACCAGUACAAAAUCCGAUGAAUCUUUGAAUACACCGGUAAAUUUUGGAACCACUUCAACAUCAUCGAUUAUCGACACCGAUGUACCAACAAAUCUCUCAAUGCAAUCUGAAGAUCAAACAAAAUCCGAUUUAAUGAAUCGUAUUCUCAACAGUUCGGAGAAUACAAAAGAUGAUUCCGGUGUUGUGAUGGUUGUUCUACCAAAAAUCGAAUCUUCAACAAAACAGGGAUAUGGAAUUCCAAUGAAUGUGUGUGAUGGUCCCGUUGGUAGUAGUUCGGAGAGUUUGAAUCUAAGCACAAAACCAUUGGAUGCGACUAUUAAUAAGUAUACGAAAUUUGUCGAGGAAAAAGAAUCAUCAUUUCAAAUAUCGAGUGUAAUGCAAAAUGAUUCGUCAACAUCAACGAGUAAUACAAAUUCACAAGAACAAGCUGAAAUGUUAUUGGAUUUCUCGGCACCAAAAGACAGUCAUAAGGGAACAAUUUCAAAUAUCGUUUCGGAGAGAUCGUCUUUUGUGAGGAAUACACCACCGCCUCCUCCUCCACCGCCACCUCCGCCACCGCCGCCUCCACCACCUCCACCACCACCAUCAUCAACGACGUCGUCGUCAUCGUCUUCACAACAGGGACAAUUGUUACCUUUAACAUCAUCAGUACCUGGUUUAGCUGCCGUCACAAUGGCAUCAGUAUCGUCAACAUCGAAUUUUCCACCAAGUCCAUCGGAUAAAGCUGUGGAAAGGUUCAAGUGCCGAGGACAUAUAGGAAAAAAUACAGUUAAUUAUAUCGUCUUUCAAAUUAUCACUACAUUAUUUUAGAAAAAAAAGAAAACUGUCUGUUUCAUGUCGAAAAGUAAUUUUCAUUUUUUCAAUUAAAAUUUUUGUUUUCUAAAUUAAGUUAAAAAAAUUAAAUAUUUGAAAAAAAAAAUAUUGUGUAGUUAAAUUAGAUGAAAUUUCUUUUGUAUUAAAAUUCUUCGCAUGUAAAUUCUGUUGACUACGAAUUAGAAAAUGAAUAUGAACGAUGUUUCUUUUUUACGUUCAUGAUAUUUAUCAGUGCGUGUCUUAAUAAUUCUGGAACUAUUCAGCCUUAUCAUCGGGACAUCGAUCGACAAAUAUGAA